AUGUGGAUCAUCAAUUGGUUUUAUGAUAUCCUCGCCUCGCUUGGGCUGCUCAACAAGCAUGCUAAACUACUAUUCCUGGGACUGGACAAUGCGGGAAAGACGACGUUAUUACACAUGCUGAAGAACGACCGAGUCGCGAUCCUGCAACCUACCCUACAUCCCACUUCCGAAGAAUUGGCCAUUGGCAAUAACAGGUUUACAACAUUUGACCUAGGGGGUCAUCAACAAGCCCGCCGCCUCUGGCGUGACUACUUUCCCGAAGUAUCUGGCAUCGUCUUCCUAGUCGAUGCGAAGGACCACGAACGUCUCCCCGAAGCGAAAGCCGAACUCGACGCUCUUCUCGCCAUGGAAGACCUGGCCAAGACUCCCUUCUUGAUCCUAGGCAAUAAGAUCGAUCAUCCGGACGCAGUGUCAGAGGAUGAAUUGAGACAUCAGCUGGGUCUAUACCAGACAACCGGAAAGGGAAAGGUCCCUCUCGAAGGAAUCAGACCGAUCGAGGUGUUUAUGUGCAGUGUGGUGAUGAGGCAAGGUUACGGCGAAGGCAUCAGAUGGUUGUCACAAUAUGUGUGA